ACGAGACGACGGCGACGACGGCACGAGACGAUCCGCUCGCUCCUCUCGGUCGGCUCGGUCGUAGCGGAGCGAAGCGGAAAGCGCAAAGCCCAUACCACACCACACACCACCAGCUUACUCGCACGCUCGCUCGCAAUAACUUUAAACUCGGGGCAAGAUGGCGGCCGCGGCGGCGGAGGCCCCGUCCGCGCACCUCGCGCUCGCCACGGGCGACAAGAUCCUCGUGACCGUCGAAUCCGCGCUACCCGACAUCCUCGUGGUAUCUUUCGUCCAUGGCGCCAAGUGCUUCCAAGGUGCGCUCCUCGACGCCACCAAGAGGGGCCUUCCCUGCGGUGUUCAACCCCCGGAGCCGGUGCCGGAUCCCGAUGGCGACAAACUGGCGACGAUCGCGGCACGCUUCAGUUAUUUCCAGGAGAAGAGGAGCGCGUCGUCGGCGGCGGCGGCCGCCGUCGUUGCCAAGGUUGACCUCCGUAGGAGCAUCAAUCCACCGGCUAGAUAUAAGAACGCGAGGCCUACGGUGAGGCUGAGACCUCGCCAGGUGCUCUGCAGCAAGUGCCGAUCGAUCUGCAACGAGAACAGUGAGAAUGUUGACGUGAGCAAGAAGCGGAAGCACGAGGACGUUCAGCAACAGCAAUCGCAGCAGCUGAUCCCAGGAUCUACGAGAAGAAGCGACCGACGUUGCGGUCAGCAACCGCAGAAGACUCAACGAACGUUGCUGUCGGAAUGCCGGACGAAAAGCACGAUCUCCAAUCAAGCGACGAAGACGGCAAGUUCGAGUACCGACUCGUCGAAGCUGGGAGCGUCGCUGAUCCCAAAACUGUCGAGACUACAGCCCAACGAGAUCAGCGACGCAAUUCAAGGAUCCGGUCAAUUAUCUGACAAAGUGAAAGUUGCGACGAGCGCGCAAUCUUCACAUUGGUCUGUCAGAAACGAAGAGGAAGUGUCCUUGCUGGCGUCGUCGCAAGAACGGGUGGAGUCCACAGUCGAUGACAAUAAUCCUUCGACGGCUUAUUGUGCCACGCCGAGAAGGCUCAGCAGUUCGUCGGUGGAGAGCGCGAAAAUUCCCGAAGAAGAGGACAAGAAGACCUUCGCGGCCGCGGAUUCGACGAUGAGACCGAAAACUGGCAGAGUGCCGAGGAAGAAGCGCUCGGUGGGCUCGAUGGAGGAUCUCUGGGAUGAAUCGGUGUUCGAGGAUCCCACGAGAACCGCCAGGACCACGCCGGUGAUCAAGAUCUCAUUCGGUGCGCAAGGCGAGGGUACUGUUCUCAAGAUACCAGCGAAACCUCAGGAUCCUGACGCGUACGAGCAGGAGACGGACGACGCCGAUGACGCUCAGCAAGAGAGAGAUCCUCUGGAGCUGCCCAGAUCCUUUGGCGACGAUUACGAGGGCGAAGAAGACGGGCAGGAGCAGGUGGAUCCUCAGAAGCAAGGCGGCGUGAUAAAGGACGCCAGUGCAAAGGCAGCGAAACGGGCUCUGAAGAAGGCCAAGAAAGAGGCUAGAAGAAAGAUGUUGGGCGGUGUGUCACCAGCGAGAUCGCCAUGCAAUGGAUCGCCGAGAUACAACCCCACGUACGAUCCGCUCUUAUAUCAUCGUCGGAAGCAUAAGGUGAAACAUAAAAAGAAACACAAAGAAGGCCGAAAGCACAAGAACCAGCAACAACAGGAACAACUGCAAUCUGAGCAGUCCUGUUUAGAUUCCACAGAAUCGCAGGAACAAGAGCAGCAGCAGCAGCAAGAACAACAACAACAACAACAGCAGCAGCAGCAGCCGCAGCAGUCGCAGGAACAUAAUUGGAAUGUCUUACCAGGCGGCGGUGAAUCUUACCGAGCCAUCAAGGAGCAGUGCCUGAAACAGAAGCUGUCGAUAUCUCUGAAGAGGCUGAACACAAAUGCGUACGCGCGUUGUGAUUACCCCGUGAGUAACGCGUCCUCUGGCUGCAAGAGUUCCGGUGGUAGCAGCGACGAGUUGAGCGAACACGAACCGGAAGUCGAAACCGCGCCGGAUUUUCCACCCCAUCAGUCGACCCCUCUGGUUAUGCGCCUAGCUGCCACCCCCGUAGCUCACUGUCUUACAACCAACGGCCGGCGGAUGGACGUGGGCGAUGUCGUAUGGGGCAAAGUUCACGGCUUUCCUUGGUGGCCUGGCAAGGUGCUAAGUAUCACGGUAUCUUGCAAGGAAGACGGUACCUCAUCAGGUCCUCAGGCUCACGUGGCUUGGUACGGAUCGUCGACGAGUUCGCUAAUGUCCUGUGAUCAAUUAAGUCCCUUUCUCGAAUCUUUUAAGGCACGGUAUAACAAGAAAAAGCGCGGCCCGUACAAGGAAGCGAUACGGCAGGCCCAAAGCGAGGCUCAAAGUCAAAUCACGCCUAAUUCACCAACCAGCAGCGUGUUGAACGUCUGCAGUUCGCCCCGCGAAGUCAACGUCCUCUCCUAAGGGAAGUUCUCCGACAACCAUUCCUUACUAACGAGCAUCCGUCGCCGUGAUAAUUGAAGUGUUCGUGGCAAGAGAGAGAGAGAGAGAGAGAGAGAGAGUGCCGAUCGGUAAUUAAUAAUAUCUUUAAACUUGUUCAACUUUUCUCAUCGACAUACGAUUCUUCUUCUUCUUCUUGUAGAACGUUCUCUUUACGUUUUCUAUAAGCGUAAUGAGUUUAAAUGUUUGGAGAAACGUUCAACUUAAAAGAUUCUUGAGAAUUUUCAAUUGCUUUUCUCGCGGAUCUUAAACUUUGCGUUUGUUUCAAACUUCUGAGACUUGAAGUGGACUUCAGAUCUUUGAAAUUUCCGGUACUGAUUUCAACGUACAUUUCUUUAUCGUGAUAAUUAUUGCUGCUAAUCGCACUAAUGACUGAAUUCCGAAAAGAUAACGUACUUACGCCACGUGUGCGAGCCGACAUUGACCUGCUCCGAGCACUUGGAUUAACGGCGGACGCGGAAUUGUCGUGUAACAUAUGAAAUUUUGUACAUACCCAUUAGCGCUAAUGAAAUAGUUACUGAUCAAUGUUUUGUCAGCCAUCUGUCUCGCUAUCAGUCGCUUGAAGCCAGUCGCGCCGGCAUGUAUUAACUACAUCCUUGACUGACAUCUUCCGAUAUUUUUUACAAUUCUACAAUUUUAUGCUAAAAAUUCCAACUUUUAGUAUACUACUAAAAAUGUUUAUAAAACUUUUUUUAUUGAUACGAUCAGUACUUAAGUUUUGAGAUAUGUAAUCUUGAAUUGUUUGUCGUUCUCUGACAAGUCAUUCUUUUACUUAUCGUUUGUAAAUUCUGAAGCUCUACAAUUGCAAUAUCUUUGUUUGUUCCGAGAGCUUCAUGUUUUUAAUAUAAACGAUUUGCAGAUUUUAAUUAAUAGAAUUGAGACAUAUUCGUGCAUUCUAAUGAUGUAACUUAAUAUUUUUUUUAAUUAUAAUUUUACAGGAUCCUGAUGAAUCAUGAUGCGUUCUUUGCUCAUGAAAUAUUCGAAUUCUGUAACAGAAUUGUAUGAUUUUUUUUUAUUCUUCAGCAAAAACGGCCAAUGUCUGCGCGAUCGACUGACUUUUGGCGAAUCGAGUCGUGAACGUUUACUGCCAUCGUCACUGGCUUUUCUGUCCUCAGCUUACUAAGCGGACGGUAGCGCGCAAAAGUCUUACUCUAGAUAUUUCUAUCACUGCGAGGUUCUUUCGUUGAUUAAUCUCUCAAACGUUUCGGGCGGCGUGACUCGCCCAAUUAUAUAUCACGCGAUUAUCUCAGAAUACACAUUAUGGUUUAUUAUGUAUAAUAAUAUGUACAUUUAUUACAUGCGGUAUAUUUUUCAGAUUUAAUAUGUACAUAAAAAUUAAGAA